AUGGCGUCCUCUCCGAGAAAUCUUUCUGAUCGCGACGGACAGUACGGUUGGGAGGAGACAAUGUCGGGUCACUCAGGCGUUAACCAACUCGGCGGCGCUUUUGUCAACGGAAGACCCCUUCCAGACUCCGUACGUCAGCGCAUCAUCGAAUUGGCACACUCCGGUGCCAGACCCUGUGACAUUUCCCGCAUCCUCCAGGUCUCGAAUGGAUGUGUUUCUAAGAUCCUCUGCCGCUACUACGAGACGGGCUCCAUCAGACCAAAAGCUAUUGGCGGCAGCAAGCCUCGCGUGGCAACGAAUGCCGUCGUGUUGAAGAUCGCCGAGUAUAAGCGCGAAUGUCCAUCGAUAUUCGCGUGGGAAAUUCGUGAUCGACUAGUUCAGGAUGGCACCUGCACCGCGGACAACGUGCCUAGCGUCUCCUCCAUCAACCGCGUCUUGCGAAAUUUAUUCAAUGAGGCGCAGAGGAGAAUCGGUACAAGCACGGAACACUUGACUACCAAUCCCGCCUCUGCUCCGUUACCAAGUGCUCCCCAGUACGCGUCGUCAGUCCCACAAAGCGCACGUCCAAACCUACGCCUGUCCUACGGUGAAAACUUGGGGCACCUAGAAAUGCUCUACAAUGAUUGCUAUGGCGGUGACUUUGCUGCCGACAAGCAGGCGGCCUUUUUGGCGCAAGCAGAAGCCGCUGAAAAGAAGGUUGUAGCUCCUCCUGCCCCUCCUGUUGGCGUGGAACAACAGGAUCGUCGAGACAAGAGCUCCGCCUUUUGUGAUCCCAAAUUAUAUCCGUCCUUAAAUUAUGCCGAAGUGGCGGCUACCGGUAACCACAACGUGAAACCCUUUAUGUACGAUCGGCUGAACCCUUUCUUCCAUCCUGCCUGGUCUUCC